GUAAAUUGUAAUCCACAACGACGACGAGUCACCGAGUUUCUAAAAUUAAGCUCACCAAAAAAAGGAAAAAUAAAAUGGCUGGAAUUACAGCAAGAAUUUCAUGGAAUCACCGAAACUUAAGGUACGGUUACCAAGAAUUCAAGUUCCCCGACCAACCGGAUUCAAGUUCGUCGGACAUGGAAUUCGAGUUUCUAGAAGACGGCGACGAUGGGUUCUUCUUCGAAAGCUGUAAUGGCAGCGUCGAUGAGGUCCGGGGCAAUGAAAUGGCGGGUUUAGGGUUUGGUGAUGACGAUGAGGAUGAAGGGAAAGGAAACGAUGCGGUCGGCGUCAAAAACGAUGGUAAUUAUUGGGAAAGUCAGCACCAGCUUUUGGAAGCUACGUUGCGUAGGACGAGUUCUUUAGAAUCGAGGAUUAGAAAUGCCGCAAAAGAAGCUCUGAAUGAUGUACGGAGACCCGGAAAUGUUUGUGGUUGUGGGAAAUCCAUGGCGGAAAGUUGUAGGGUUUGUGUUAUGAGAGAAGUGAGUUGUCGUCUCCAAAACGCCGGUUUCAACACCGCCGUUUGCCGCUCUAAAUGGCCGAGCUCUGCCCACAUUCCAUCAGGGGAGCACACGUUUUUGGAUGUGAUAGAGGAAUCAAGAAAAGGGGAAGUAAGGGUAAUCGUAGAAUUAAAUUUGAGAGCAGAGUUCGAGAUAGCGAGAGCCAGCGACGAUUACAAUCGGUUGGUCCAAAGAUUACCCCAAAUUUACGUGGGAAAAGUGGAGAGAUUGAAUAACGUGAUUAAAAUCUUGUGUUUGGCUGCCAAGAAAUGCAUGAAGGAAAAGAAAAUGCAUAUGGGACCAUGGAGGAAACACAGUUACAUGCAAGCUAAGUGGCUUAGAUUUUGUGAACGGAAUACGUCGACGGAAACUCUACCGGCGCCGGUGGGAUGUUCGGUCAGGUCGUCGAAGCCAAGGGCGUCGUUGUUGACGGUGGAUUUGCUGGGAACAACGUUAUCCAAUGUGCGUUGUGCAGCUGUUUAAUUACCAACUUGUACAUUGUAUGAUAUGUUGUAUUAGCAAAUAACAAAAACGAUUUUUGUCCUA